AUGGCCUUGCUGAAUCACCCAACCAUCUUCAGAUCUCUGGCCGCCCUUGGCUUCUGCCUGGUAUGGGGUGUUAUGGCAGUCAACGGCUCCCUGGGCACCUUACUUGAAACCAUAACGACCGGUGUCUUUCCAGACGGCCGUGUCCUCAAGGCGGAGUACACCGGAGUCUGGUUCAUCGACUAUCUGCUCUGCAUCCUCGUGGUCUUCUUCGAUAGUCUCCUAAGCGCCGCCGAUCCGGCACCAUACCUGAUGCUUCUCGAGCUAGUCGCGACUCUAUUUGUCGUGAACAUGAUGACCCUGGUUGAGGGUCGCCGGCCCGGAGGAUCAACAUGGCUUCAACAUCCUGCCAUUUGGCAGUAUGCGUGGAACUGUGGAGGCGUCGCCGUCUUCCUCCCCAUCUGGGUGCUGUUGUACGUCAAGCAGGGAUCGGCAGUUGCUUCGCGUCUGUCGGCAGCCCACGUACAGGCGUUGCCAUUCACCGCAAUCUGGAGCUUGCUACUCGUGCUUCCACUUACGCUGCCGCCUCUGGUUGGUGCAUCUCCCUCCCAGGUCCAGAUUGGAAUCGUGAUUUUCUUCCUUACGCCUCCGCUAUUCGUCGGCUGUCAAAGCUUCUUGCGGUCUAUCUUUUCUCGAACAUUAUCACCAUCUUUAUCACAGAGAAACACGAAACCUAUUGGGACCUCAUACUUGAUCGCCGGAAUAGCCAGCGCCUUGGUCCAUGUAGGCAUUGUGUACCGUGCCAACUUUUCAUCCAGCACCGACACCUCACUCGACAGGAUCUUCUUCCCGCAUUAUAACGCUGUGCAGCUUCAUCGACCUGAUACCUUAAGCAACGGCGCGCUGCUUUUCAUUCAGUACGAUUAUGUUCUUAUGAGCCUUACCAUACUUCUCCUGGGAAUCCACAUUCAUUGUCUUGAUCCGGCGACUAAGGAUAUGAGAGCUACUCAAUUUGUACUGGCUUUUCAACUCGAGUAA